CCGAAAUAAUCCAAAUAUCACAUCAAAAUAACCCCUUUCUUAUAUAAAAUUACCAUUUAAACCACAUUUCCCUUACUUUGUAAUCUAUCUUGUCACGGCCACUACUUUUUUUAGCCCUUGUGGAAAUUUGAUCAAAAUUAAAUUAAUUUUAAACUGAUUUCAACGGUUUAAUUGAGAAUAAAUUAAUCAAUUUGAGAAUGUCCAGAGUAUUCAAAUCAUUCGACACAGAGAUCGCAGAGAACCUCACGCCUUCGGAACCUACAAAGCAACAGCAACAGCAAAAUCAACAACAACAACAACAACAACAACAACAAGCAAACCAAAAUGAUGAAAAUACAAACACAAAAAUUAAAAAUAAUGAUCAAGGACACCAAAAGAAAAGUGCUAUAAAGAAACAAACAUUUGAUGAAUUAUAUGGAGAACCUGAGAAUUUUUUAGAGAUAGAGGUUCGUAAUCCAAGAACUCAUGGCUAUGGACGAGGAAUGUUUACAGAUUAUGAAAUUAUAUGUCGGACCAAUCUACCAGCAUUUAGACUAAGACAAUCCUCAGUACGCCGUCGUUAUUCAGAUUUUGAAGUGUUUAAAUCCUUACUAGAGAAUGAAAAUUCAAGAGUUGUGAUACCAUCAUUACCUGGUAAAAUCUUCACAAAUAGAUUUAAUGAUGAAAUUAUUGAACAAAGACGUAUUGGAUUAGAAAAAUUUUUGAAAAUAGUGGCUGGUCAUCCCCUAUUACAAACUGGUUCUAAAAUAUUGUCAAGUUUUAUCCAAGAUGAGAUUUGGGAUAAAGGUAGAUAUUACUGAAAUUUUAUAGAUCAUUCAUAUCAUAUAUCGUAAACUAGCUAGUUAUUAUCUAAUAUAAUGUAACUGAAUUAACAGCACCAUUAACACUUAAAACUUCCCAAAUACAUCUCUUGUAUGCAUAAAUUAAUGAUUGAC